AUGCACCAGAACAAACCCACCUCAGCCAACGAUGGGACCAGCUCGCCUCCGCGUAUCGUCAGGACCAGCUCGCCGCCCGGCGGUCGCCAGACAUCGCUUCCCGCUCGCUCCCCUCCCUCGCGCCUCACCGGAGCUAGCGCCGCUGCCUCCCCCGCUGGCAACCCGUGGGUCUCUCCCCGUGCUAUCUCUCCUGUGGAACGCACCGGGCUCUCUUAUGCGGCUGUGGCGGCAAGGCCUCCUUCGCCUCCGAUCUCGAUCGCCAACCAAGGCUCGCCCACCGUACACGCAGAUCCCGAAGCCGGUAACGCAGUCGAAGCCACGAACAAUGCGCAACCCGCCGAAGUCGUCAAUGGGCCCGCGCCAGUAGAGGAAUCAGCGGGAGGAAAAAGUAACGACGUCGCAGCCGUCGUCAAAACUGAAGAAGUAGAGACUGUCCUGGACACCUCCCGCACGAGGUCCGGAAAGAAGUUGACGGCCUCUAAGCAAAAAGCGAAGAAACAACGCGCCAAAAAAAACGCUGCCGUCGCUGGGAAACCAAAGAUGACCGUCGGUGAGAGCCACCCGACCGCUUCCUCCUCUGUCGUUGCUACCCCUACCGCCGUUCUCGACGCGUCUAUCACCACCGUCCCACCAACCGUAACGACGCGAGCGGUCAGCGACACGCGCAAGCGUCGACGCGUCUCCACUGACGUCGACGGCCCGUCCGCGCAAACCGAUGCCGUCCCACGCGUCCAGGACCCGGUGGUCGCUCUGACACCACACGCUGCCCCCACCCAACACGCAACGACAAUGGCAAUCUCUAUCUCGUCGUCCUCCAGCGUCGAGGAACUGCAGGACCCACCAGCGCUGACGACGUCUGACAUUGAAAUGGACGACGUUGCAAUACCUGACCCCGAUGAGAUGGAACUCUCCACGGCGCAUAUACGUAGGUUCUACGGCCUACCACCCACAUACACCGCUGAUGCAUAUCGCCCUCGUCCUGUCCUCGCGGCUCCCGGAUGCCUAUCAGGACCCGGCGUUCCUGGCACCCCACCACGCGUUCGUCAAGCACCUGGCACCUCCUUCAUGGUCCAGCGCUACCUGGACGAACAGGCGCAGCGAGAAGAUAACCCCUACGUCCUAGUGCGAGAGGACUUCGCCGGUGGCAGCAUAGAGGUCGGCCCACCCCCCUCUCGAGAGCCAUCCGCAGCGCUCAUCAUCGGCGACAGCACAAACCCGUUCAUUGCCAGGCAAGGCGACGUCUCUCACCCUGCCCUCUACGUAUCUGCGGUCGAGAAGGCCCUGCCCGCCUCACUCGGGAUCGGCAAAGGGAAGGCCCCGCAACGCAACGCGACGGCAGGACCCUCGAACACGAUACGCUCAGACGCCGCUGAUGCCCAACCACUCCCUCCACCUACAUACGUUCCGCCUCCGCGCCCAGUACACUAUGCGCCCGGACCCUUCCCCAAUUUCGCGACUGCGCCAAUAACGCCGAUCUUUCCUGCGCAUCUCACUCCGCUCCACUUCCCUCCUGUCCCUCCUGCGGUGCCCGCCCCCUCUGUCGAACCUGCUUUCCCUGCCGGCCCUAUCGCACCGCUCCCUCAAGCUCACGGCUUCUCUGCUCCUAGCAUGAUGACGCGAGCCCCGCCUGGCGGCUGGCUCCCGCUACAGGGGGACGAUUUCUUCUGGCCGUACGGCAAUAUGGAACAGAGCCAGCUGGCCGUCUGGACAACGGACCCCAAUCCGUGCGUUCUCCUGCAUUUCCUCGCUCGCAGCGGGAACGACCCCGGAAACCACGGACGUGUCACCAUGGCCCAAACAAUCUUCCACAAAGUCUAUGACAUACGCACCGCGACGAUCACGCAGCCUAUCGCCGCUAAUCCGCAGCCGCGUCCGAACGCCUACCCAACCUUCUACCGCGUAAGCAACAUCACGAUCCCGCAGCGCAACGCGCUACUCCGCGACCAAUGGAUCUCUACUACCGAUGGCACCGUAGGAAUCCUCGCAGCGCCUCAUGAGCCCCCUACCUUCAUGGGAGGAUGGCGCUUCCCAGGUCGUCUUGUUAUAGGCGAACCAUCGGACGAAGGCAUCGCACAGGGCUUCCUCGCCGGCUUCGAAUCCCCCAACCUCGCAUCGCUCAUCACGACGCUCCUCAUCGCUGACAUCAGUUCUGGGGGAAGAUGGCGCCACUUAUCUGUCGACGAUGCACGCCACCUCGUUCUCCAAUCCAUACGUGUCAGGCAAAUCCGUCUACGGGAAGGCAUCGACGAGGAACCGAUUGCGCUACUGUACGUUGAGUCUCCCACCGCCGACGCUGCGGAAUGGGUCAACUUCCGGAGGCAAGUGCGCGAACAAGUCUACGGCGGCGCUUAUGCAGGACCUCCGGAGCUCAUCACCGACUGCUUCUUCUGGACCGACGUGCCCAAGGCAACGAGCAAAACGGAAGAGGCGGCCGCGGCGGCCGUGGAGGACGAGGAGGCAGGGCGCGGGGUAACGGCUCUCGUGGACGUCGUAAUGGACAGGAAAGCUCUGGAACCGAUGUAG